CGUGACUCGCUGCGGAGGUGAGAGGUCAGGCGGCCAUCUUGAGUUGGGCCACGGGGGGCCCCCGUUGGGUCGUCAUGGCGUCAUUUACCGAGCCGGCCCUGGAGAAGAAACUUUCUGAGCUGAGCAACUCGCAGCAGAGCGUGCAGACGUUGUCUUUGUGGCUGAUCCAUCAUCGGAAGCACGCCGCCUCCAUAGUCGGUGUGUGGCAGCGGGAGCUCAAGAAAGCAAAGCCAAGUCGAAAGCUGACAUUCCUCUAUUUGGCCAAUGAUGUCAUUCAGAACAGUAAACGCAAGGGACCGGAGUUUACCCGUGAAUUUGAGAGCGUUCUUCUGGAUGCCUUCUCCCACGUGUCCAGUGAAGCAGACGAUGGCUGCCGGAAGCCCUUGGAGAGGCUGCUACACAUCUGGCAGGAGCGCGGCGUCUACUCCGCCGACUUCAUCCAGCCGCUCAGGCUGGCGAUCAGUGAAGAGGACAGCCCCAGGGAACCUCCAGAACUGACGUACGGAAGUGGAAAGCACGUGGACGUCAUCAGUAAAGACAGAACCUAUAAUGGGGGCGGAGGCGGAGAUCCGGCGGCAGCACAGCAGCGCACGGCGAGAGGCAGCCGGACUAAAAUGACUGAAGAGAAGGUGUCGUUGAAACGCAGUUUCCAGCAGAUCCAAGAGGAGGAAGAUGAUGAUUAUCCCGGAAGCUAUUCCCCAAGGGAUCCAUCGACUGGUCCUCUUCUGACUGAAGAUCUAAUUAAAGCACUGCAGGAUCUGGAGAAUGCCGCUUCUGGAGAUGCUGCUGUUAGGCAGAAAAUUGCAUCCCUUCCACAAGAAGUUCAGGACGUCUCCUUACUGGAGAAGAUCACGGAUAAAGAGGCAGCAGACCGUCUGUCCAAGACUGUAGAUGAGGCUUGUCUCCUACUGGCAGAGUACAACGGGCGGCUGGCGGCAGAACUGGACGAUCGGCGGCAGCUGGCACGGAUGCUGAUGGAUUACACACAGAGCCAAAAAGAGGCUCUAAGUAACAAGGAGAAGAAGCUGGAGGAAUACAAGCAAAAGUUAGCCCGUGUCACGCAGGUACGAAAAGAACUGAAGUCCCACAUACAGAGUCUACCUGACCUCUCGCUGCUCCCCAACGUCACAGGAGGGCUCGCGCCUCUUCCUUCCGCCGGUGAUCUCUUCUCCACCGAUUAGGACCAGACUCCUAUUUGGGGACACUCCUUUGUCCACCCUAAGUCUUCAGUAGUCACCAGCAUAGGAGAAGGAGUGCGGAGCAGAGACUGGAAGGUUCUCCGUCGUGUGCAAGAUGCAACGUGUUCACUGCGGCCACCAUCGUAGCAGUGCGUUAGUAAAGGCAGCCUAGUCCCCUCAUCUCCCAGAUUCCCAUGUAGUGUCUGCUGCUUGUGGACAGAGCCACGAAGACAUCUCCACCUGUGUUUUUUUUUAUAGACUUGUUUACGGAGCGUGUGCACAGAUUAUGCUUCUUUAUCAGCUUUCUCUGGCAGCUUUAUCUUUGGGGAAUGGAUUUGUGUUGUGCAGCGUGGCUAGUCCUUCUGUCAUUUGCUGCUGGACCAGAAGAAUACACAAUAUAUAGUGUCAUUUCCGAAAUCCUUGUGUCCUAAUUGUGUGGAAAGCAUUUACUGCUAACUUUACGGGGGCACAAACUGCGGACACGGGAUCCACCGCAUUCACUUCUCCUGUGGAUGAGGGGAUGAGUGUUGAUUAUGAGACCUUCAGGCUGUUCGCACACAUUAGAUUACUGGUGACUGAUCUUGAUUUGAGAUCCGCCAAUGUCCUCAUGUAUAUGAGGGGCCUCCUGACUCUCUCUUUGAUGGCAGACCAUUCUGGAUUUAACAUACCUGAUCCUUUGGUCACGGUCUUGCCUAUCACCCAGCUGGGCGUGCACGUGUUCUCAGUGAAGAGAGGCGAAUAAGCUGCCGCUGGAAACCCCUAGAAGUGGCUUAUCUCCUAUGAAAUCAAAGGAUCGGGCAUGUUGAAAUCCAGCAUGCACAAUCCAUCUUUUCCCCAACAUGCCUCCAUAUCUCUGACCUCGGAUAUUGGGGGAGAGUCAGGACACCGUCAUACCUAUAAGAUGGGUGGCUCGUUUCACGGAAUUUGGUGGGUUUGGCCUACAUUCAUCUAAUGGGUAUGGCCACCUGUUGCAGUUCGUUACAGUGUAUCAGCGUAGGUAUUAGCAAUUACACUGGAAUCUAAGGAAGGAGAGUACUGCUGGGUUUAGUUUAGGAUUACCCAGGCCAGUAGGCUCCAAGCUGUGGCUAUCCCAGCAGGGAGUUGUCUUACUUUUUAGUUUCUGAAAGUAAACUGUGUUUCUGUUCACUGACAGCAAGCAGGGAUCUAGGUUAGAAAUUGCAGAACUUUUCAAUAGAACAUAAGGAAUAGCUGUUUGUAGAAGACUGGGCAACUCCUGGAUAGUCGGAUUUGACUGAACUAAACCAUGCUCUUCGGGUCAUACUCCUGGCACAACACAUGAACAAGAUAGUCUUCAGUGGGUCAUCGUAUGAAAGCGGGGGUCCCCAUUCACUGCUAUGGGAAAGCAGAGCCAGGUGUCAUCCAAAACUUAAGGAAUUGUAUUUUUGGUUGUUGAGUGCAAACCUACCUUUUAUAAUGUCUGCUGUGUUAGAUUUUGACAAAUAUGUGGACCUUUUACCUGAGCAAGAUCAUCAUUUCAUAAAGAAGUCUUCUGCGGAAGCGUCACCGCGAUGGGCCACCCGGGAAGUGACAUUUUUCAGCCAUUUCAACUCUUGGAGUUAGUGUGAAAUAACGGGGAAAGCUUCCUGUAACGUAUAACACAUUGCACCGGAAUACGAGAACUGCACUGACUUGUGGGGGGAGAGCGCACGUAGAUGCAGAAUAUACUGGGUCUUCAUCUGACGAUGAAGCAACAUUUACAGCUGUCAUCGGAACUGGAUCCAUACCAAGCCGAUCUUUGUACCAGGUUGAUGUUCGUGAAUGAGGGAAUUAAAGGGGUUGUCUUACUUCAGCUAAUAGCAUUUAUUAUGGAGAGAAAGUUAAUACAAGGUACUUACUGAUGUAUUGUGAUUCUCCAUAUUGCCUCCUUUGCUGGCUGGAUUCAUUUUUGCAUCACAUGAUACGCUGCUUGUUUCCAUGCUUACGACCACCCUGCAAUCCAUCAGUGGUGGUCGUGCUUGCACACUGUAA